AUGGUAUGCGUGAGCUCCAGGGAAUAUCCAGAGACAGACUUGUGCAAGAAGCUUGUAUAUUGCAGUGGUGGCAGAUGGAACGCUGCGACGGUGGGAGAAAAAACGUCCUUUUUUUUCGAGGUGCCGGCUUUCAACAGCGACGGGACGCCGGAUCUUGGUGUCUAUGAGGAAGUUUUGGGUGUAUUUUCCUCGUGCUUUAGAAGUCCUACAUUCAACAAAGAUUACGCAAGACGGGAGAUUAUGGCCAUCGACAGCGAGCACACAAAGAACUGUUCUGUGGUAGGAAAGAUGGCCCAUCACGGUCUGCGGCUGCUUGCAAGCCCGGAACAUCCGUUUCACCGUUUUAGCACAGGCAACUUUGACACUCUUUUCAGGGGCAGGGAGGCCAGCUUGCACGACGAGCUUGUGCGGUUUUACGAGCAAAAUUACCAGGCUUGGAAAACAGGCGUGGUUCUGAUGGGCCCCCAGUCGCUCAUUGCUCUCAAGAAGCUGGCAAUCGCAAACUUCUCGGAAUGCAUGCCGUCCCAAAGGACAGAAACGAGCAACGUUCUCAAAACCUGCUGGGCUCCCGUUUACUCGUCGCCCGUUUUCACAGAGUUGGGGAAAAUGGUUUUGAUCGAAAGCGCUAAUACUACGCCUACUUUGAGGAUAUGUUUCCCGUUUACGACAGAUAGCAAGGAAUUGCUUAUCUUCGCCCAUGCGUGGAGUUAUCUGAUGGGCAGCGAAAGCGAAGUCUCGUUCAAUUCGGAGCUUUUCAGAGGAGGUUUGAUCAAAGGAUCGUAUUCUUCCUGUCCUCUGAUUACAUUCAAGGACCGUCUUUUGCAGCUCGAACUGAAUCUGACCAUAGCCGGCACAAGAGACCACCAGAAAAUAUUCGAGUAUCUCAUUCGGUACACCCAGGAAGUGUUUUCUCCCGAUCCGAAGCGCGUCAAGAGAAUGGCCAGGCUGAUGUCGCAGUUCAACUCCAUUGAGCUCUACAAUUUUCUCCACCACGACACCGAGGCGUCCGCUUGCUCACGGUGCCGGAGCCUCGGCCAGCUUCUACUUGAAGACGAGCAGAUCCAUUCUGAGUGGCUACUGAAAAAUGCUCCUUGCUGGGGUUUCAGCGACGCUGGUUAUGACGGGUCGUAUGAGGAAUCUCUGGAGGCACAGACAUGGUGGAAGAAGAAAUCGGAACAGUUCUGUGCGCUAAUGCGCUCGACAGUGUGCAAGAAAAACAUGUUAGCUACCCUGGUAGCUCCCGGCGAUUUUCUGGCACAAUUUGGAAAGCAAGAGUACGAGGUCGAUCCAUACUACGGCUUCAAUUACAAAAUCUUGCCAAUAACAUUCUCCCAGUCCGAUUUUCAGGUGAGGCUGCCACGGCCCAAUCAGUUUGUGGUUGGCCAGAUUGACAACCAGACAGGUCUAUAUGAGCUCUUGAGAUCUACUCUGGAGUCAAGCCGCACUUUUGUCUAUGCAAGCAAGGAGGAAACGACACCUCCAGAGCUGGUCCAUUCGUCUCAAGAAACCCAGCUCUGGUUGAAACGAGACCGUGACAAAUACCGUGGAAAAGCCUACUUUAGUUUCGAGAUUACCAAUGUCACCAUUGAGCCUAGUGUGCAGUCAACCUUGUCACUGGAGAUUUUUUGUGACAUAGUCAAAGAACUGCUUCGCGAAACGCUUUAUCCUGCUCUGGAGCUGUGGUAUGCUUACGAUCUGUUCCACUCAAUGAAGGGCACCUGCGGCUUGGUAAUCCAUGUCUCGGGUUCCACUGUGGGGAUCCACAAUAUUCUCGAAAUAAUGACGAACAAGCUGCGAGAGGUGAGCGAUAAUUUCGUGUCGUUAGUGACGCCUUCGAUGUUCCGCCAGUCUCGCAUCAGGAUCAAAAUGAAGUAUGAGAAUUUGCGAACGCUGCGGUCUCAUGAAUUGGCAUCACUAGGCCUUCUUUCUGUACUUGAGCCAGGAACCUGGCCCUUGGAAGAUCGUCUCGAAACUCUCGAGGAGCUGGACAUCCAGACGGUAGCCACAACGGCCAAGGCCACGUUUGAAAGCUGCCAGUUGAUAGCACUUCUUCACGGCGACGUCUCAAAGUUGGACUACCAGCGCACGGUAGACAUUUUGAAGACGCUUGUGACGGAGUUUGCAGCGCCUCAGUACAAACAGUUGCACACACUGUCGCUUCCGCACGGCUGUAACUACCGGAUCCACGGUUUCUCACCAGACGAGACCAAUGCUCUGGUAUAUUAUUUGCAGCUUGGAGCACGCAAAAACACAAGGGACAGAUCGCUAGCAAGAUUUGUGGCGUACAUCUUGUCGACUUUCUUCACGACAAAGAUCAGAACUCAAUACCAGCUGGGAUACGUUGCGUUUGCUGGGCUUCGUACGCUCAAAGACACUGUGGGAGUUCAUGUGACUAUCAUGAGCGGUGACCAUGAGCCGUUGGCCCUAGAUGCAAAAAUAGACGACAUUGUGGCAGAGUGGAUACGGGAGUUCGAAAAGAACAGCAGCAAAUAUGCAGAGAUUGUCCAACAGUUCAUAAAGUCGCUGAACCAUCCCGUGAACGAGAAUUCAUGUCUGACCUUCGGAACUGUGGGCAGGAGCCUAGGUGACGGGAAGCUGAUCAAGGAGCACCAGAGUUUCUGGAACCAGAUACUGAACCAGUCACUCAAUUUUUCCGCCUCUGGCGAAGAUCAGAUCGAUGUUGCUGUGAUUGAAAAUCUGCGGUUCUCUAGCCUCAUCAAAUACCUCAAGACAAAGCUGGUUUCUGAGGAGCGGUCAAAGCUCUCUAUUAUGCUUUCGACCAGGUUCUCGCAUGAAGAAGCAGCAAUAAAACUUCGGCCCAUACGGUUGCAGACGUUUCUCACUGGAGCAGGCCUUCCCAUCAAGCGGGAAAAGCUGGAACAACUUUUGGCGCAAGCAGGAGACUCGCAAGCACAGCUUGCAAGACUUUUAUUCAAGCAUUACCAAGAGCAAGGAGGCUCACUACGGUUGAUUUCCACAACGGUAAUGAAGCUCACUAAAGACGACGUCGUCGACUGA